CCAUUAAUAUUGUUGUCUGUAUUCUCUUCACAGGGAUGUACUUCAGAUCAGAGAUUUUGUCCUGGGCUGUCUAGAAUGCCAACGCACCAAGAAAACAGAGGAGCCGGGUGGCAGAGGAUGCGUCACCAAGACGAUGGUGUCACACAGCGCCGACAUGCUGAGCAAGCUGAGGAGUCAGCGGGAGGCGGGCCAGUUCUGUGACAUUACACUGCGGACCGACGGGCGAUCCUACGCUGCACACAGAGCGGUCCUGGCGGCCGUCAGCGACCACUUCCAGGAAAUCUUCACAGAAAUGGACUCUAACAUAAAAGCAGACAUAGAUCUCACUGGUUUUAGUGAGGACAGCCUUCUGUCUCUGCUGGAUUUCUCCUACUCCUCCACUCUGUGCGUUCGCCAGGAGGACCUACCCGAAGUCAUCGCCAUGGCCCGUCACCUGGGCAUGUGGCCUGCGGUGGAAGCCUGCUCUGCUCUCAUGAAGGAGCAGGAGCAGAAACUCCACCCCGGCAAGGACUUUACCCCAGCCUGUGCUGGUGCAUGUCAUAAACGCUGCUGCCCGCACAGGGAAGGCAAAAGGAAAAGGGUCUUUGGAUUAGAGGACAAUGUGAGCCACGGGUUGAGUCUAGAUGCAUCAGAAGAGUCCUUAGAAGCAAGUCCCAGGCGAAACUUGCGUAGGACGCCGAGAGCCCAGGGCCUCAACGGGCUCCCUCUUAGCCCCUCGCACCGGAUGAAGCUCAUGGACUUCAAGUCUCCCUCUUCCAAGAAAGCUGCCGCACCUCGACACACCAUAACCAACCUACAGUCACAGAUCGACUCUCGCGUAUCGCCGUCGAACACCCGUCUUCUCCGCUCCACUCCCGGGGCCGCCGAAGAGGUGCAGAGGCUGCUGCCCGUGCCAGAGAGUCCUCGGCGAAACCGGAAAACGGACUCCGUCGGCCGGCUCGCUCGCAGCUCCCGAUCGAGGGUCGCGGAGAUCGCCGUGCGCAGCCCCGUGAGGAUAAAGCAGGAAGCGGAGGACGUCGGCGAGGACGAGCAGGAUCACGCGAGGGCGCAGGAGAAGUACAAGCUGAUGAAUGUUCUGGGCUUACAAAGGACCGCCCUCCUCCCCAGACCGGAGGAUCUCAUCGGCUGGAGACAGAAGAAACGACUGCGGAAGCUCAAGGCGAACAACUAUUCCCUGACGAAACGACGGAAACCACGCUCCCCCUCCCCAGGACGACCAUACGGGCCGUUGAGCCUCUCACUGCCCCUCUGUGACCCCGUUAACACUCACCUCCUCAAGUCGGUGAAGACCAAGCCCGGGGGUCCAGUCGGCAAAGAGCAGAUGGCCGCGAAGAGGCCAAAGGCCGCCCCGCGACAUGUCCCUCCAAGCGACAGGAUCAUGCGAAGUCAAGGUGCGCUGCCAGACACGUUCCAGCCCGCCUCCAGGCCUCCCUUCGGGGGGAGGGAGCUCAGGCGGUCGGUGAGGAUGGGGGGCGCCGCCCAGCUUCCUGUCCAGCAGCCUCGGCGCCCCAACGCCAACAACAAAACUCUCGUGAGAAACGCAGCGAGGAUCAAAUCGGAACCGACCGAAUACUCCGUCUCGGGCUUGCCUCUUUCAGCGAACGAUCUCCGUAGCCACCCGCCGUCACGCAGGACACGAGCCGACAACACGGCCGCCGUAGAGACGGUCAAGACGCCGCGUUACAACAGCAGCCGGCCGGCGCCGAAGGCCAAGCUUAGGCGAGGCUCCGCGAGGGAGGUGGGGAAGACGAGGUGUACGCCCAGAGAGGAGGCUGGGAAGACUGGGGUCAUGGCUGCGAGCCCAGUGAAGCUGAAUGAACCUGGAGGGCUCCAGUUCUCAGAGCGUGCGUCUCCGGCGUCCAUCUACAACCACCCUCUGUACAAAGUCAUCAAAGAGGAGCCCGCCGACCCCGUGCCCGUCGGAGGGCCUUUCUCUGAGCCUCCCUCACCGGACCUGGGCAAGCGGCAGAGCAAGCCCCCCAUCAAGCUACUAGACUCUGGCUUUCUUUUCAGCUUCUGUCGGCCCGCAGGGGGGCCGCUGGCGGGGCUCAAGAAGGAGGAGGAGAGCGUCGACAUCUGCUUGACGCGCUCCGUGUCACAAGUGGGGCCGAAGUUCGGUGCGGAGGAGUCUCCCCACCGGGCCCUGAGAGCCCGAGGGCCGACCGGCCCACCCGCGGUGAAGGAGAAGAGCGCCCAGAGACCCAGGCCCAACUCCCGACAGCCGGCCAAAUCUGUCGAGUCAAAGGCCACGAGGACCACGCCAAAGCAGCAAGGUACCCCCCCCCCGAGCAGCAGGAGCUGCGUGGUGCUGGAUGCUGCCAGUCGGGCGAGGCUGAGGCAGCUCCGGGGGCCUCGCAGCCAAGUCCCGAAAGCGGCCCACGCCUGUGUGCAGUGCUCGACCUCCUACAAGGACUGCGACGCUCUCAUCAUGCAUCGCCUCAGGCACGUCAAGGGCAAGCACUGGCCGUGUCUGCUCUGCAGUAAGAUGUUCUUUCGACUGCGGAACGUACGCAACCACAUCCGCACCCACGACCCCAAGCUGUACAAAUGUCGGAGCUGCGUCGCCGCCGCCGGUUCCUGAGGCGGCCGGAUCCCGAGCUGCGAGACGGAGGAUUAAGGCGUUCGGCGUGCGGCGCCAGAGGCCCGUGGUCGAUCAGCGGCGUGUACAUACCGCAUCUGUCACACACACGAGCACAACGGGCUGCGGGGAGGCAUCAUUACUCUGAUUCUAAUCAAGCGUCGUCGCCGGUGAUCGCUAAUGUUAAUUAAAAUAACCAAACCUAUGUUGCGGGCCCUCUUUGCGUUUCCGUAGCAACGGGAGGUUGAACUUGAACAUUACACUCAGGGGAUGGGGAAUGUGAUGCCACGGUAUAAAAUGAUUUAACGUCACGUUUGUGUAUAAAAAAUGAAAUUUAAAAGAAUUGAUUAUAACUAUUAUACUGCUACUUUUAAUUGUUGUUAUUUUUCUAUGUAUAGAUGAAUUUUGAGUGCACUUAUAUACAUAUAUAUGUAUGUGUAUAUAUAUAUAUAUAAUAUAUCGAUGCUUAUGUUGUAAAACCUAAGAAGAAGUGGGGGAAGUGAAAUGUUGAUGGUUUGGAGUCUACGGCGGGAAAACUUGAAAGUGCUGGAGGGGAAUACUUGAAGUUGGCGGGGGUCCUCGGCGUGAGGCGGUCUUUGGGGGUCGAGUGGGUCUUCUGUCCUUCGGUGUGCUAACGUUUAAACCACUUGGUCGGUCGGUCCCCCCUCGUGUAUUUAUCUCUCAUAGCCAGCGAGUCUGGGCUGUGCCUCCGGGCCGGUGGGGACACCUCUGCAUGUGUAUUCGCUGGCCGUUUGUGGCCCGCUGUCUUUUCUAAGGCUGCCAAUUUGAAAAAAGAGAAAAUUUGUCUUUUUUGUUUGUUUUUAAUGUGAAUUUCUGGUAAUCAACACAGCUGUGUCAUUGCAGAUGUUUUAUCGAUCGUCUUGUUCCACUAAAGAGCCCCCUCCUGCUGAACACAUGCAAUGUGUUCACAUUCAGAGAUAUUUAAGUAUAACACAUGUUUAGGAACUAAAUGAGCCGUCGAUCUUGCGAUCUGUUAAAAGAAUGAAUAAAUUGUUUCCUUUUUAUAUCCUGUUAUUCUGGCUUUAAUGACGUGUUUUAAAAAGGACGGCGUCGCCAGGGUGACACAUUUCUUGACUUCUCAGUUUUUAUGAUUCUAACCAUAAAGAUAAUUUAUGUGGAGAUAAUCUAUGGCAAAACAAAUAUUAUUGUGUUUAUUAGUGGCCAAAUAGUCUGAGUUAUUCAUAUCCAGAAGUAGAGCUGCUCUUAAUCUAUUAUGGUGAUUUUCUUUUUUUGGGGGGGAUUCAAGCAAAAAUGCCAAACAUGUGGUUGGAGCCUCUCAAAUGGGCGUGUUGCUGCUUUUCAUUGUCUUGUGCAAUAUUAAAGUCAAUUGAUUCAGG